AUGUUGCUCGUCGUGCCCCUUGCAAGAGGAGAAAUCACUGGACGUCUCUCACAUGCGAUCGGACAAAUAAAGGAAUUACUGACGCUCGCCGGACGAAGAAUAAUGGGAGUCAAAAUGAUCAAGGCCGCGGUGAAGUUUGGCUCGAACAAGUUUCUCUUGAUUAGUGUGGAACUGUUGUAUAGUCGCCUUAGUCGAUUUCGGACGUGUUUCCCAAUAAUUGUAUCUUCUCUGCGGUUCUUCCUCGCUUACUAUGAAUUCAAUAUGGUUUCGUGUGAGUUUCUUGUCGACACAGUGAUGAGCGCUUUCACGCUUGUAACGGCGGUUCUCUAUAUUCGUGUUCUAAUAGCACUUCAUCGUAUCAUCAAACGUGCUCCUGAAGAAAAACUGACCGCCUAUUUCUAUUUCCUGUUCCUCUUUGGUUUCGUCAAUCUGCUCGUGAUAGCAAAUCAAAUCUUUUUUCAAAUACCACAAAUCUCUGCAUGGCAGCUAUUCCUUCAUCGAUUAGGAGCAAUGGGGGCAAGGACUCACAUUAUGAUAUACUUAGGAACUGAAGUAUUCAUAGUGCUAUGCGUAGCAUUUACAGCGAUUUUACGUUAUCUAACGUUCAUCCACCAAGAUACGGCUUGUAAAUAUUGGAACAUUCGUCGCGUACGAAAGUGGACGUUUCUCAUUGCUGUAACAUCCAGCGCCUACGCGUCCAUUUAUUUCUUCUGUAAUUUCCGGACUGACUGGUUCCCAUCUAAAAGAAGAGUUCGGUUUCUUUUUGCUGACGAAUCUAUCACCUGGGUUGGAGUGUCUAUUUUUAUUCCAUUCACAUUAGCUACAAUAGCACUUUUAUUAUACGUAUAUUGUUACUGGAGAGUUGUCAAAAUCAUCACAGACACACAUACCGGUCUAAGAGCAAGUACGACAGUAAAAAUGUUCUUAUCUUCUACGGUAAUUACAUCUGGAGCAUACCUAUCAGUUCUUGUGCGAAUGGUGAAUCAUAUGUCUCGUUUGAUACAACAGCAUGGUGUUCUCAGUCCGACACUUUCUUCAACCUUAGUUAAAAUGGGAAUACUGAUAUCAUCGUGUUCGAAUCCGUGGAUCCUGAUCUCACUAUACCCAGCGAUCAGGGAAGAAACAUUUCCAUGCUUGAGAAAGAAAUCGAAAUCUGCAGAAAAUACCUCGACUAAAGGUGAUGGCAACAUGGUAAUGAUAAAUAGCUAA